CGUGAAGUUACGAGAUCCAAUAUGUCGGCGCCCAUGUUGUAGGCGUAAACAAAACGACUGAUGCUCCUGCAGAUCUGAAAACUACCUAUAGGUGUCAGGAAAUCAUUCUAUGAUGUCGGAUGAAGGCCAUGAUCAGGGGCCAGCUCCUGCUCCUCUAGAUCUCGGUCGAGUAGAAACAGUUGCUAGGGAAGCAGCAAUGAAAUAUGUUGCUAACUUGUUACAGCGACCAGAGCAGCUAGAAAAGGUUGAUCAAUUCAAGAGAAGAGCAGCUCGUAAGAAGGCAUCAGUGGAGGCCAUGUUGAAGACAGCUGUACAGUCACAGCUGGACGGCGUGAAGACCGGACUCAACCAGCUACAGAGUGCUCUACAGGAUGUCGAGAUCAAACAAUCUUUGGACGAGGUGGAUGAAAAUUACAAGUCCAUUCAGCCAUUACACGAGAAAUUGAAGGAGGUGAAGAGAGAAAACUCUGAGUUCUGCCAGCUCGCAGCUGCCCAGGAGAACUUAAAGCACAUAUUUACAGUUCCGGAGAGUGUGUCCCGCACGAGGGACCUCAUCACUGAUGGGAAGCUGUUACAGGCACAUAAACACCUGGCUGACCUUGAGAUGUCUCGAGAUGACCUUCUACUUGAACUUCAUCGACAGCCCAACCAGAGCCCAACUGAUAAUAAUACACUGAAGAGGUAUUUUGCUGAAGUAGAAAAGCUGUCAGAGGAUCUUGGCAAACAACUGUGGAUAAUUCUGCACCAAACCCUGAAAGCUGUCCGACGUGAACCAACACUCAUUGUCACUGCUCUCAGGCUCAUUGAGAGGGAGGAGAGAAUGGACCAGGCAUGGCGCAGGAAGAAGGAGCAGACAGGCUUCAUGCCACCAGGACGUCCCAAGAACUGGCGUGCAAAGGCCUUUGCUGUGUUUGAAGAAUCCAUUACUGCCACUAUUGAGGGUAACCAGCUGAAUGACCGGUCAGGUGACAAGAUGUGGCUGGUGAAGCACCUAGAGCUGACACGACAGCUCAUGAUUGACAACUUGAAGGUGGUCAAGACGCUGUUGCCUCCAGUCUUUCCCCCAGAGUACCACAUAGUCAAGCUGUACGUCCAGAUGUAUCACAAGGCCCUCGGCAGUCAUCUGGUGGAGCUGAUAGAUCAGGAACUGGAGGGAAAUGAGAUUGUCUCCCUUCUACAGUGGGUCCAUGCUUAUGACUCGCCAGACCUGUUACGUCAUCCAGGGUUAAAUAUCGACACACGAGAAUUAGGCUUAGGACCUCUCCUUGAGAACAGCGUCAUAGAAGAUCUGCAGAACCAUUACCUGAAAAAUAUGAAGACCAACAUAGCAGAGUGGACCAGAAACGCCCUGAAGUCAGAUUACAAGGACUGGUUCAAGGAUGAGCAGCCGGAAGCAGAUGGAGAUGGCUAUUACAACACUCCUCUCCCGGUCAUUAUCUUCCAGAUGAUGGAGCAGAAUCUUCAAGUGGCACAGCUGAUAAGUCAAGAUCUAGUGAAGAAGGUGUUGGAGUUGUUUGCUGAUGAACUAAGUCAAUAUGCUGCAGAGUAUGAAGGAGAAAUCAAAAACUUCAAAGAGCGACAUCUUGCAAACAGAAAUGAGCAAAAAUAUUUUCUGCAUUAUGUGAUUGCCAAUGCUAACAACUGCCUUUGUUUUGGGGAGUACAUGAAACAACUUCGGAAGCGCUAUCUGAAGAAUGAGUACGAGGAGGAGGCAGAGGAAGGGGAAGAAGAGACAGACAUCAGGAGAGACAGGUUCCAGAAGCUGACUGACACCUUCUCCCAGAUAAGCAGAUUCUGCUGUAGAAUAAUUCUGGAUGAGUUCUUCAUCGACCUCAAAGACAGCAACUGCUUGAAUGAACUGAUGACUCGUGCCUGGAUGUCCAGUUCUAAUGCGAUAGACAUAAUAUGUGCAACUUGGGCAGACUACAAUGAAGACUUUCUGCAUCUUCGACCUAAAAACUUUGACAUGUUGGUGACGACUGGACAGAGGAAAAUACUCACAGAAUAUCUGAGAGCACUGUUGUCAAGAAAACUGUCCUUCAAGAACUACAAGGAAAGGCGGGAGUCUGCAGACAAGAUGUUGAAGGAAGCCACAUGCCUCAAAGAGCUGUUCCACCAUGUGUCUCCAAAACAGGACAACUCGAUAUUUGAUGUGCUGUACUCCUUGGCUGAAGUUCUUAAACUGAAAGAUAACUCCAUGUUGUCUUUGGAAGUCACAGGUCUGGUGAAGAAGAACCCCGACAUCCGUCUGGAGCAGCUCAUCAACCUGAUCCUGUGUCGAGGGGACAUGAACAAGUCGGAGGCCAGACAGAUGGCUGUGGACACGCUUGGAGAGGAUGACGCUAACAACAAGCCUAAGGGCAUCUUUUCAGAGCUGGCGAAUUCAUGAAGGGAUCACAAAGAUCUGUGUAGGAAUGGUAUUUUCAGAUAUAAAGCUGGGUUUUUAAUAGAUAUUUGUUCUAAAGUUUAAGCAAUAUUCCAGACACAAGAAAGCUGUAUGCCUGGUGUCGAACGGGUCCUCGGCAUCGCUUUAACCAUUAGGGUGGCUGAAACAGUUACAGCUACAAGUAUUUGCUCUUCAAGUGGUUCAUGAACUGGCAAUGGGUGUUAUAAUUGUUUUGUUGUAUAGCUUCAAGUGAGGGAGUUAGUGAGUUAAGACUGUAAGUGGCAUCAGCAGCAUGUACAGCCUCAAGAAAGGUUAAGACUCAACUCUUGUUAUUCUUAGUGCUAACAAAAUUACGUGCCAGGAUAUUUACCUCACUCAAUACAGUUACCCAUGCAUUGGCAUUAAGACACCAUGCCACAGUCAGUCUAUACCCAU